CCGGCUCCCGCGCGGUCGCGCAGCCUCCACUUCCCGAGGGUCGCUGGCAGCGGCGACCGCCGGCCGAGGCCCUCCGCUCGCGGAGCCAAGGGCCUGGCCGGCCAGGGGGCGGGAGGUGGGGACGUGGCGGCGGCUCAAGCGGGCGGAGUCGGGCCGCGGCGGGAGGCGGGGUCGCCAGAGGAGGAGGCGCCGAGCGGGCCGGGCGCCGCCGCGGGAGGUUCUGGAAACGCCGGCAGCGGCGCGUGUCCAGCAGCGGCAGAGACAUAUGCUAACUAGUUAACUGAUUCAACAAACGGACCCUUCCGUGUGUCAGAAGCUGCAGGAGUUGCCAGCCCCGUGGGGCAGACAGACUGGAAGACUGGGAAAACCCAGGCUGGCAACAGCGUGGCAUUGCUUGCUGUGACCAUGAAGCUCUGGGUGUCUACAUUGAUGGUGGCCUGGUCCGGUGUCCUGGGCUGUGUGCAGGCUGAAUUCUUCACCUCUAUUGGGCACAUGACAGACCUGAUUUAUGCAGAGAAGGACCUGGUGCAGUCUCUGAAGGAGUACAUCCUUGUGGAGGAAGCCAAGCUCUCCAAGAUUAAGAGCUGGGCCAACAAAAUGGAAGCCCUGACCAGCAAGUCAGCUGCUGACCCUGAGGGCUACCUGGCCCACCCCGUGAAUGCCUAUAAACUGGUGAAGCGGCUGAACACAGACUGGCCCGCCCUGGAGGACCUUGUCCUGCAGGACUCGGCUGCAGGUUUUAUUGCCAACCUCUCAGUGCAGCGGCAGUUCUUCCCCACUGAUGAGGAUGAGAUGGGAGCUGCCAAGGCCCUGAUGAGGCUUCAGGACACGUACAAGCUGGACCCGGACACGAUUUCCAAAGGGGAACUUCCAGGAACCAAGUACCAGGCCGUGCUGAGUGUGGAUGACUGCUUUGGGAUGGGCCGCUCAGCCUACAAUGAGGGGGACUAUUACCACACUGUGCUGUGGAUGGAGCAGGUGCUGAGGCAGCUUGAUGCUGGGGAGGAGGCCGCCGUGGGCAAGGCCCAGGUGCUGGACUACCUGAGUUAUGCUAUCUUCCAGCUGGGCGACCUGCACCGUGCCCUGGAGCUCACCCGCCGUCUGCUCUCCCUUGACCCGAGCCAUGAACGGGCUGGCGGGAAUCUGCGCUACUUUGAACACUUGUUAGAGGAAGAAAGAGAAAAACUGUUAUCCAAUCAGACAGAAGCUGUGCCAGCAACCCGGGAAGACAUCUAUGAGAGGCCUGUGGACUACCUGCCCGAGAGGGAUGUCUACGAGAGCCUCUGUCGUGGGGAGGGCGUCAAACUGACGCCUCGGAGGCAGAAGAGGCUUUUCUGCAGGUACCACCAUGGCAACAGGACGCCGCAGCUGCUCAUCGCCCCCUUCAAGGAGGAGGACGAGUGGGACAGCCCACACAUCGUCAGGUACUACGAUGUCAUGUCUGACGAGGAAAUCGAGAGGAUCAAGGAAAUUGCGAAGCCCAAACUUGCACGAGCCACUGUUCGUGAUCCCAAGACAGGCGUCCUCACUGUUGCCAGCUACAGAGUUUCCAAAAGCUCCUGGCUGGAGGAGAAUGAUGACCCUGUUGUGGCACGAGUGAAUCGUCGAAUGCAGCACAUCACAGGACUCACAGUGACGACAGCAGAAUUGUUGCAGAGUCCCUGCUGUGGAACCUUGGCUUCCUACCUUUAUUUCAAAGGUGAUCGUGAAGACACAUGGCGGCACCAUGCUCAAAAGCUUUGGAUAAAGCUCCUAAAACUGUACCCUGUGGUCUGUUCAGUUCAAAUCAGCACUGGCCGUGCCCUUCCUGAACACUGGAACUUCUGGGUUCUUUGUAAAGUGAUGCCCUGAUAUAUUUUUAAGUAAGUUCUGCAGACAAGCACAUCAUAAAGGACGUGUGCCCCUUCCUUAUGUGUGAGAACACCACUAUUCUGGAGCAGCAGGGGCUUUCUGUGCACUAGGUGUGUCCCUGUGGGCUCUGCUGUGAUGCAGGUCCUUCUAGAGGAGGGUUUUUUUUGUUGUUGUUAAGGCAUCUGCCACUGCUUCCUGCACAGUCAGGGCCAAUGUUGGGACUCUGGUGGCUCUGAUCGAGGAUGACAUUCAGCUGAUUGGCUGAAGCCACACCCUGGACUAAGGUGCUGAGGAGAGGAUAGGACCUGGGCCCUUGUUGCUUUCUGGGCAGACUUCCCAGCUGAGCCUCCUGCCAGCUCUCACAUGCAACCCUGGAAGACAGCAGCUGUGUGGUUGGACCGGCUUCUCUGCCACAACACUGGCUCCAUCUUACCUGGCCUCCCAUCACAUAGCUCGACUGAUGACAGGUCUGAAUGCCAGAGCUCCCAGGAAGGGCUCUUCUGGGAGGGAGCUCUUCUAGCUGCCUGGCACUGAGAUACCAUUUUUGUUUGCUUUCUUACUCUAGGGACUGUUUUGCCAUUUUCUUUGCCAGCCAACAGUGUUCAAACCUGUGAUCCCACAUGGUCUGGGGGACCAGAGGCUGGGUUUUGGCACCCAUCUCUAAGUGCUCAUUCUGCGUGGCCUGCUGGCAGUGUGAUGGGUGCCCAUGCACCAGCGAUGACCUUCACACUGGGGUCCCUCUGAGAACCACACAGGCUUCUAGAAAGGGGCUGCUGCCUGUUGACACUCUAUCAGCUGUAGUUGGUGUGCUUGUUUAUAUCGUUCAGAAGAAAAAAGCCAGUUGAGGCUUUCUUUUGAUUUGGAUGAGGGCCUGUCUGAUAGAGCACGAGAUGCUACACUGCCAGAAAUCUAAGAUUAAAGACGCUUCUGAGUCAAUGUCUCAGCGUCACCAAAGAAGUGGUUUCUAGCCCCCUUUUUUUCACAUUCACUUUCAGACUUCAGUAUCAUAAACACCGUGUCUUUUCAAAUGACUGACUCUUCUACUUCUGUAGCAACAUAUCUAAAGAUUCAAAUGAGAACAUCCUCACGGAAAUCCCUUUUGAUGCUUGUUACUAACAGUGUGUGAGUCUACAGACUGAAGUUUGCCUAGAUGGUGAAUCUGAUUGCUGCAAAUCCCCAAGUGCCCAUGACACUUGCACUAUCUGCGGACAGUAUAAAUAGUGUAGGUACAAAGCUUCAGUACCACGGUCAGUGUGAUUCCCACAGCUGUUAAAAGAUGAGCCAGCUAUAGCAACGCAGCUUCCUUUGCUACCUGGGUUCUGAAAGUUUAAGCACUCCAGCUUAAACUUUGCAGCUCCAGCAACAAGCAGUGAUCGAAUUUUCUGCAGUGCAUUGGUACUCACGAAACAGUCAUGAUUAAAAUUUUCUUCACGUUCUCAGGGUGUAUCCAAAGCAGAAGCAUUUGUAGCACUUUAUCAGCUGGUCUAGCGCUUCCCUCCUUAGACGCACCUCCAGCCUGAGGCCACCUGCUGAACCAGGUCUCCUUGCACUUGACAGCAUUUCCAGGUCUCUGCUGCAGGAAUCUAGAAGACUGAAACAACAUAUGACAGCAUAUUUUCACCCACUGAUUCUUUAUAUAAAAAUUUUAAUUUUGGGGACACUGAAAAAUGGUGCUGCCCAAAUUCUGCACUUCAUCCCAUUUGAUAAAUGUUGUUUUUUUGAUCCAACAGGAUUUCCUCUCUUGUAAAG